AUGCCGCGAAUCAACAAAGACACGUCACUCAUGGACGACCACGAUGAUGAAGGAGGGGGAGAAGAUGAGAAGAGUGUUGCUGAACUAUCUGAUGCCUGUGUGGAUGCUGCUGUGUUCAUGGCCGAGAUGUGUGCUGACGCUCUGGACUCGCGCACAAUCAUGGGCAACAUGUGCAUACUGAAGGCUUGGUUAUUUGCCGCCGGUCUUGUCCUUGGCUUCUCACUACUCGCCCCUGACGUACCCCAAAACCGUGGAAAGUCUUUCCAUAGCGCGCUACGUGUUCUGGACUUUCUGGGUCAUUUGAGUCCCCAAGCAGCACAAUAUCACCGGCUUCUCACAAGUUUUUCACAAGCCAUCGACUCCUUCAAGACCAAUUCGCCGGUCGAGCAACACCAUGCGGGUGCCCCAUACGUUGAAAGACUUUUAUCAUUCAAUUUAGCGGAGAGUCCUGAGACUCAUAGACAGGGAGAGACGUCGCAGCUGCGCGAAAGCAUCGAGCACGGCAGAAUUCCAGAACGAUCUGAAAGAGCAGGUGAUGCUAUUGUAGACUUAGGUGAUCGGCAAGACCUUUUGUCUUUUGACCCAACCGCAUCUGGCGGGGAAGACUUGAUGCUGAGUCUUCUUUGGGACGAUGGCGAUGUUGCCUUUGGAGAGUCAAGUGCUUUCGAUAUGUCAAUGGGAUACGGCUAA